GCUGAAAUGGGAAGCUAACAGCAGGUGAAGUUUUCCGCUUGGACUUCAGUAAAGUCAAACCGCGUAUCUGAAGUAACUGAUGGAAAACCAAGUCAAAUAGCAGCGCGCGGAUUUUUAUCGACACCAUAGCGGGGCUGCAGCAGGUGGAAGCAGCCGCCGCCGCGGAGAUGGCCAACUUGAACUGGAAGCCGUUCAUCUACGGAGGGAUGGCCUCGAUUGUCGCAGAAUUCGGGACAUUUCCCAUUGACCUGACUAAGACCCGGCUACAGGUCCAGGGUCAGUCCCAGUACACAGAGGUGCGCUACAGAGGCAUGUUCCACGCCCUCUUUAGGAUCGGCAAGGAGGAAGGCAUCCGCGCGCUCUACUCUGGGAUUUCUCCUGCCUUGUUGAGACAAGCUUCUUACGGGACAAUCAAGAUAGGAACGUACAACUCUCUGAAGAGGCUGUUUGUCAGUCGUCCAGAAGACGAGACCAUGGUCAUCAACGUCUUCUGUGGUGUCGUGUCUGGAGUCCUGUCCUCCUCUCUGGCCAACCCCACUGACGUCCUCAAGAUCAGAAUGCAGGCGCAGGGCAGUCUGCUUCAAGGCAGCAUGAUGUCCAACUUCAUCAACAUCUACCAGACAGAGGGCACCAGGGGGCUGUGGAGGGGUGUCAUCCCCACGGCGCAGCGAGCAGCCAUUGUCGUUGGGGUGGAGCUUCCUGUCUAUGACAUAACGAAGAAGCACCUCCUUCGCUCUGGCCUCAUGGGAGACACUAUUUUGGCCCAUUUCAUCUCAAGUUUCACGUGUGGCCUGGCGGGGGCGCUAGCCUCCAACCCUGUGGACGUGGUCCGGACCCGCAUGAUGAACCAGCGAGUUUUGUCGGGAGGCCCCAUGUACAAAGGAACACUGGACGGAGUGAUGCAGACGUGGAAGAAUGAGGGCUUCUUCGCUCUCUAUAAGGGAUUCUGGCCUAACUGGCUGCGACUGGGGCCUUGGAACAUCAUUUUCUUCAUCACCUUCGAGCAGCUGAAGAAGCUCCCGUUUUAACACCAGCAGGAAGUGGGACCUCGCUGGUCUGACAGACUGUGUCGGGCGUAGGUGGGGUGUGAGCACGGCAGCACCUGGAGUUUUGGCACCAGUAUAUUCACACUCCCUUCAGAUUCAUACCAAUGAUACAGUACGGUAUCAGUCAUCUCCUCACGCUCAUUGAAAUCUUAUGUUGAUUUCUCUCUUUUUUUUUUUUUUUUUUGCAAAGUGUUUAUUUAUUGUCACUGGUUCUGUUUUUAUACUGUUUUAAGGAUUGCUGCUUCAUGAUUAGUCGCUCCCUCAAUCACUUUUGACACUCCCCAGGCAGCUAAAUGUUUGGUUGUAGCAGACUAAGGGUGAAAGACGAGGUUUAUUUAAAGCUUACCGCUGUGGUCUGCCUCAGCGGGAUCUUUUGAAUUUUGGCCUUUCUUAAAUGACAAACAGAGAUGAUGCUUCUGAUUGCUUGCUCAGGAUUCCUACUCAGGAUUCCUACUCAGAUCUGAAAAAACACAGGAAAUGAAUUUAUUAUUGAGUCUAUGAAUUGCAGAAUGUCAGUUCAGACGUGCAUGGCUACGUAGUUAGAGGAGGUGUGAAACCGAAGAACGAAUAUGAAAUUUUAACGUGAAUGCUGUGUAGGAAGCCUGUAUUUUAAUGGCGUUUGCACUGCAUGACAAGUGCUUGGGAAAUAAGUCAGAUUUAACUGUUGAAUGCUGAGGAGUUGCAUGGAAGACGACAAACUGACUGUUACAGGUAGUGAGUUUACUGAGAGAGAAGAGCAUUAUGAAUUCACACUGACAGAAAAGAGGAAAUAUUUCUCAACAGCACUUGAGAUGAGUUCAUCUCUGUAUGGAAAAUGACACUCAUUCAUGUGUGUAUGUUGUGAUCUGCGGUAUAUUAAGGUGUCAAACAAAGGUGUCGCAAAGCCUCUGAAAUCCCACACUGCAUUUUUAAUCUUAAAGUUUAGUCAGUUGCCAGAAAGCCACUCAACACAUGAAGUUUUUCUCUUUUUGUUGUUCAUUGUUUGUUAGGAAAAGCAGUUUCCAGAGACAUACUGGAACACCAGCUCUGAAUAUCUGUAAUCUUAAAGAACCACGACUGAAACAAUCAGAAAUCUGAACCAAAGCCUCUUAUGACAGAAGACAAAACACUUUUUUUUCUCUUGUUUUUAUUUUUGAGGAAAUAUUUAAUCCAGAUCAAUCGCUCCCUUUGUUUGUUUUUGCUGUAGAGACAUUUCCAUUUCGUUCACCUCCAGUCUGCUGCAGUAUUAGGAGCUAGCGGGUCGUGAGCGGUGCUUGAUGUCAUGAUUUCACUAACCAUCCGGUGCGUAAUGGAAAUGGCUGUACAGACUCAGAGGAAAGGAGGUGGAUGUAUUUUAUCUAACGCAUGUCCAGGUGUACAUAUGAUGCCUUUUUGUGCUACUUUUACUGUUGUGUCCCUCGUUCGAGGUAAAGUCAUGGCAUGAAGAGACAGCUGAUGUGGAUGGAUGGUGGGAAAGAGGACCUUUGUGCCAAAAUUUGUUCUUAUCAAACUGGGUCGAAUUUAUUUGCAGAUAAUUCUGAACAAGGUUUUGUUUGCAGCUACUUGAGUCUGUGUGAAAUUCAGGUUUACAGGAAAGAUAGCGUAGCAAGUCUGGAACUGAAACAUGUUUGAAUUCUCUAAACUUAACCAACGUAAAACAGACCAAAUGCAUUUUUUCAGUAAGUUGUGCUUUUGAUUAUUUAUGGAAAGCCAUAAAUUGUGUUAAAACUUGCUAUGAAUUAUGUGCAAAUACUGACUUACUUGUUUGACUUGUGCAGUACAGGAUUGCAGCCUCCUCGCCACGUGACCUCACUCUUUCAUCCACCUGCAUUACCAAACCCUUUUUUAAUGUCAGUGUUUUCAGUAGUUUUUAUUUUCGUCCGUUUUGGUUAUGCUAAUCACAGCGGUUGUUUUUGUUGGUUUGUUUUUUUGUUUAGAUGGUCAGUGAUUUCCCAUCAUGGAAGCAAUUCUCUGUGGCUCUUAUCAUCAGAUUGGUGUCACAAAAACAAUCUUGAGACUGAAACAAGUCGUCUGUCAUGACGGCACGAACCUGCUGAAUCGACACACGCUGAAAAUAUGUUUAAUUUUUUUAAUUUCUAGCUUGAACAGCACUGGCACCAGCACUUCUACAGAUAAACUGCUGUAGGCAGCGUCGCUGUUCCCUGCUCUGUAAUGCAGUUGGCUUGUUCUAUUCGAGACUGUAAACCAAAUUGACUCGUGGUCUCGUGUUCAGUCUUACCUCUUAGUUUGCUCUCACCUCCAUACAGUAGAAUGUAGUAGAAAGCUUGUAAGGAUUUUGUGAAUGAGGUUUUCCCUCGACAGCCUUCUGCCUGCUUCUUGUGCUCUUGAUUAAAAACACACGUGGUGUCCUUCUGCCCUUGAAUGCAUCGCUGGUCGUCGCAGCUGCAUAAAUCUCACAAGCUGUCUUUUUUUUUUUUUUUAAUUGAUCCUGACUGUAGGAUCCAAACUGAAAAACCCUAUCAGCAGUGUCAAAUUCGAGGCGUAUUCCUGCCUUGUGUUGUGAAGAUAUUUGAAUACAGCCCUGGAGUCGUGGCAGAGUUGCAGUCACAGUCUUACACUUUACCUGCGAUGAUGUUUCUCCUCUGCUUUACUGAUGCCUCAAUACCAUAUCGAGUGUUUGGUUUUAGCGUGUUUUCUUUUAGUUGCUGUCUACAGCUUAAGCUUACACUUCUCAAUAUUGAAGUUAAAAUUUUAAAGCCAGUUAUUUCAGUGCAUUUGUGAGGAGAUGUGUUCCGUGUUACUGCAGUAGUCAUGCUUUCCUGAGCCUUUUCAACCGUCUUAGCAGUUAUACAUAGUCCUCGAGUACAGCGACGUAUCACAGUAUCAACCAGCGCGAUCUACGAUUCAUCUAGAAACGCUUACCUUCCUGUAAACUGCUGCAAAGGGAUUCUCAUGCGGUUUAUUUCAAGUUUAAUCAGCUUUUCAUGUAACCAUGAACUGUUAGUGAAAAUCAGCUUAUAGAUAUUCAGCGUGAGUGCAGAGUUGAUCUGCGUGCAGGGGUUGAGGCUCAGGCUGAGGUCAGAUCAAUACGGAUACAUUUGAAAACGUGUUUUUGGUUUCAUCCACACUGAGGUGACAAAACUGUGCUUUAAUCUGCUGUAAUGAUUUUAGCUCAGGAGGAUUAGAUGAUUAACCACCCAAUAUAUCAAACGUUCUCUGGUUCCACCUUCCAAAAUUGAAAAAUUUACUAAUUUUCUGUGUUUUAUAUCAUAGUGAAGUGAAUAUUUCUGAGUUUUGACAGACAAAACAAACAGUAUCAGGACAUCAGAGUCAUUUUUCAGUUCUGUGAAAUUCUAAUGGGAAGUUGAUUAAUAAAUAAAUAAUAAAAAGAUGAACAGUCCUUUAGAAAAGAAACAUGCCAGUGUGGAUGGAAACCUGUGUGAUCCAUGUUAAUGUGGACGUUACUGAUCAUUACAGAUAUUUAUUGAACAUGUUGUUUUUGUCUGUUCACAUAAGUUACAGUAGUGUCACAACAUAAAUGUGCAUUUUAAGGUAAAUUUCAAACUCGGGACUUAGACUUCGGUCUGAAUGGAACUAAAUGUACGUCUAUCAGACAGACAUUUCCAGCCCAUAAAGUUGCGUUUAGACGUUGCAGCAGAUGGAAAAAGAAAACCCAAAACUCAAAAUUGUUAAUGACGUUUUUUUUUGUGUGCUGGCAACUGGCAACUUUCUCUGUGUGCGUUUUUGCACAUUAUGUGAAUGUAAAUGCUAAUGCGACGCUAAAUUAUUAGACGGCAUAGAAGGAAGUGAUGUCAGGACACAAAAGACACUGUCUUACCUCUAAUUGUGUCUCUGGUGGUGUUUUUAAGUCAGUUGGAUGUGCUGACACUUGAAUCAGCUGGACGUGUGGAGCGGUGACUGACGCUCAUCAGCUGAUGUUUGUGUGCUUGUUGAAAAUGAUCUGACUGAAGUUUUUCUUCUCAGUGUUCAUGAAUCAUGUUCUUGUAAAGAACGUGUGGUUCUCAGCUGAUCGUUGUCACAUCCUAGCAGGCUGUGUUCACUUCUGCUCCGUGUUACCUGAACUGUCCGGCCUUUAAACAUCCUGUCGUCCACCUCUGUGAUUGUCUUUGUGCUGUAAAAAGUGUUGCUUUGGUAAAAUUAUAUUUGGGAAUUUUAUAUUUUAAGCUUUUUAGAGUUUCAGCGCUAUUCUAUUUUAAAAGAGUUCUGCUUUUUAUGUUGAUUGGAUUUGACCAUAGAAUGAUUCAUCUAUUUAUUUUAGUCUGUUCAGUGGAUGCUGCUGUUCAUUCCUGCUAAACUUCCUUUACAAAGCAUUAAAUGCUCACAGUGGCAAGUUUUCUUUUCUUUUUGUGUUCUAAUCUGAACUGUUACUAAGUGCUCCGAGUCUCAUGAAUUUGUUGACCAAAUAUUUUUAGUAGCCCCCUUCCUUUCAAGCAGAGAGGGCAUAAAAAUUAGCCAAAUAGAAAUCGGCACAUUUGUCCGUUUUAAAUGCUGGUGCGAUCUGGACCGCAUCCGUUUUGUGAGAACAGAAUUCACUAAUGAUACUUGGUUUAAGAAGGGACGUCUUGUGUGGCCUCAUUUUAGCCGAAACCUUGGUGGGUGUAAACAGAUUUACGUUCCACCCCCCGCCCCUCGUUCACUCUGAACACGUCGUCCGUUUCCCAAGUCGCAGCCCAGCUGUGCGUAAAAUGUGUCGGCAGCUAAUAAACCACACUAGCUUUGAGCUAGUUCAUUCUCGACCUUGGGAGUAAUAAUCAGACAAUGUAAUCUUGCUUUUUCCGGUGCUUUCUUUAGUGGUCCAUGACCUCUGACCUCUUCCCAGCUGCUGCUGUGACUGCUUUUGAUCUGAUGAUCACAGACAGCUGAUGUUUCUUGUGCUUCUUCUGUUGUCUCUGUUGUAAUAUCCCACUAAAGGGCGUCCUGUCUGCAGGGUGGAGCAGCAGGGUACGCCAGGUGUUGAGUCGUUGCGCUUGAGGACUGUGGCAAGACGUAAGAGGGUCCCACUGUGUUCCUGUCCUGGUCCUUGUCCUGUCAUGAUCCAUUCGCUGUAUUGUACUCUGCAUCUCACAGUCUUCAUCAGCAGAUUAGACUUUGCCCCGUUGAAAGCUCCAGAAAAGAAAGAAAGUGAAAGAAAAUUCAGAAAGUUGAGCUCAAGUCACGGUUAUCUGGGCAGAGAAGUAGCUUUGACAGCAGUUUGAAUCAGAGAGGCUCACAGUGUUUUCUCACACUCAAACAAUGAAAUAAAGGUCCAGAAGUCUGCUGCGUAGCCCAAAUCAUACAACAAAAACACAAGUCUUUGUGUUCAAAGCACAUUUGGAUUUUGUUCUGCUUUUGCGAUGCUCAUGAUUGUGUAACGCUUCAUCUUUAUGAAAGAGAGAUUGAGAGAAAGAAAAGUCAGAAAGUAGCUCUCUCCCGACGACACAGCAGCACCACUGCUGACUGUUGUUGUUGCUGGUGUGCCAUGUUAUCAGACUUUUCAAAGCUUUCAUCUUUAAACUUUUAAACCAGUCAAAAAUCUUCCAGUUUUCUGUCUCUUAACACAGAUUCAGACGUGUGAUCCCUUUCCUUUUUGCUUUUACUUUUUUUUUUUCCUUGCUCGAGCACAUUUUCCCGUCCCAUGUUAAACAAGAGAACUGUUACACUGAUCAAAUUAAAAAGUUAUCAGUCAUUCAUUGAAUUGGAUUUCUGCAUCAUUCCUCCUGAUAGUUUUCCCUGGACACUGGACCCCGGUGACGCUUUAAUGAACAUAUUCUUCAUUUAAAGGCCAAAGUUGUGUACUAAAGAAACGUUCAUAUUUAAGGGAGUUAUUUGUGUUCCACUUUGAUCAAGAUGCUUCAGUCAGACUGUUUCGUCAUUCUGAUUUUAAAAUACUUCGAGUGUGGCGUCUGACAGGAGAAGAAAAUCUAUCAAUAUUUUUCUACAUUUUCUCUUCACGUCCUCUUAUCAUUUGCACUUUGGUGUGUCAUUGCUGUCUAUAACCUUUAUGCUUGUUCACUCGAUGAAUUUCUAUGGUGGAAGUUACUUUUUUUCUUUGACAGAAUGGGUGUGGCUUUAUAUAAAUUCAGUGUUCACUCAAAUAAAAUAUAUACUGUGA